AUGGCUGAAAAAGAACAAGUGUUGGGCUCAAAACACAGAUGUCCCCAGGCUUCGUACACCAUGCGGCGCGCCCCUUUGCCGAUUCUUGUGCUGGCAUGUGCCGCUAGGGCUGGGACUAGUUCAGGUGCCUGUGACAGUGACAACGGAGGCGAAGACUCGACUUGCGCCCUGAGUGUGUCGAUGCGAAAGUCUGCUUGGGAUGCAAACGAGAGCCUUGCAAGUCAAGUGCCACUCAGUGAAGGUGUUGCAGAGUGCCAUCACCAUGGUCGUCACGGCCACCAUCACCAGCACGGUCAUGUGUGUGCCUUUCCAUUCAUACUCGACGGUGUGAGCUACCGUACGUGUACUUCCUAUGGCCAUCCGGGCACACAAUGGUGUGCUACGAAAGUAGACCAUGCAGGCGUUGUGACCGAGGGCAUGCGGUGCGCUGAAGGAUGUCCACAGGACCGUCGUACGGCUCUUGAGGUGUGCAAAGCUUCAUCAAUGCGGCCUGGGCGUUGUGGGGCUAAAGACCCAUCAGAUGUAGAAGCGUGCCUGGUGAAUGCCUGCCCUGCGAGGUGCGAGAAGGAAAGCACCUUUCCGUACCCGGGAGCUUCACCAUCAUACUCUGCACUUACAGGAUUUCCUGCGAUGAACGAUGCUAUCCUGAAGAAGCAGUUGGCUGCGGUGAAGACGUUGAAGGACUUUGCCCCUGGGUUCAGCCGAACACCGGAGGCAGCCGAUUUGUUGCACAGCACGCUCUCCUACGUUUGCUGCAAAACUGAGCCGGAAGUCGAAGCUUACCAAAAGGCACUUAGCUCAUUUGAGUUCAGCUGGAAAGAGGUUGGGGCCAUAAAGUGGAGCGAGAUCGGCUGCAGCCUGGACAGCAUCACAGACCCAAGUGUUGUUUAUUUAGAAGCCUUUGUGCCAACGAAGACAAAUGAGAAGCUGAUGCGCUUCGCGCAUCGACUGGAAGAUCAUAUGGCCAGAUUGGGAUUUGCUGACUCGAACCCGCGAGCCAUUCCUUUCCACUUCGUGAUCAGCAUGCUCCCAGCGCAGCUCGCAAGUGGGCCAGCACUCAACGUUGCCGACGCCAUGAAGGCACUCUCCAAGUACGACUUUGGCACCACGUACCUUUGUGAGAUCUACUUCUUAGGCCUUCCAUGCCUAGGCCUACCAGGCUGCCCAGACACAAAGGAGCACGAGCCGGCGUUUGGCUUGAAGACCCUCUUUGCAACUGACUGGGAUGACUGCCCGUACGGUAAGAAUGCGGCCGGAAAGACAAGCUACAUGACUCUAGGGGGCCUCCGAAUCCAGUUCAAGGUCAUCGAGGAUCGGUAG